AUGGAGGGUCCAGUUUCUGAUGGUUCCUCUAGUGGUUCAGAAGUAGAGAAAGUCAUGGCUGUAAAUAACAGAACUUUAAAGAAGUUGGCUACUCUUGAUUUAAAUCAACAGCCUUUGUGGGAAGAUCCGCACAAGCACUUGAAGGAGUUCCAUAUGGUAUGUUCAAGUAUGAAACCGCAGAGAAUUUUGAAAGAACAAAUCAAAUUGCGAGCUUUUCUCCUUUCUUUAGCAGACUUGGCUAAGGACUGGUUGUACUACCUUCCAUCGGGCUCCAUUGAUUUGUGGAAUGAAAUGAAGCGAUUGUUUUUAGAGAAAUAUUUUUCUGCUUUCAGAGCUGCCAACAUAAGGAAGGAGAUAUGUGGCAUUCGACAUAAUAAUGGAGAAACAUUAAGUACGAUAGAUGCAGCUAGUGGAGGUGCCUUGGUGGACAAAACACCGGAGGCUGUUAAAAAUCUGAUUUUCAACAUGGCAAUAAAUUCUCAACAAUUUGGGACAAGGAUGGAUCAUACACCUAAGAGAGUGAAUGAGCUUAUCACCCCCAAAACAAACGAUCAAGCUGAGAUAUCCAAUAGAGAAGUAAAAUCCAUCUUGGAAGAGAUCGUGAAGCCGAACAAAAAAGACUGGAGCCUUAGACUUAAUGAUGCAUUAUGGGCUUACAGGAUAGCAUAUAAGACACCUAUUGGGAUGUCUCCUUAUAGGUUGGUCUUUGGCAAGUCAUGUCAUCUUCCUGUCGAGCUGGAACACAAGGCUUAUUGGGUGGUGAAGAGUUGCAAUAUGGAUAUAGAUGAAGCCGGUAUGCAAAGGAAGCUGCAAUUGCAAGAAUUGGAGGAGAUACGACUCGAGGCAUAUGAGAAUUCGAGAAUUUACAAGGAUAAGACCAAGGCAUUUCAUGAUAAAAUGAUUGCUAGGAAGCAAUUUGUAGUUGGACAGAAAGUCUUGCUUCACAAUUCGCGACUUAAAUUGAUGCCUGGUAAAUUACGUUCUCGUUGGAUUAGACCCUUUAAAUUUACUAAUGUGUUUCCUUAUGGUGCAGUUGAAGUUCAAAGCUUCGAAACUAACAAGGUGUUCAAGAUAAACGGACAUAGACUCAAGCCGUUUUAUAAAGAUUUUCAGGAGCAUACGAUAAAUGAAAUGCAAUUGAAGGAUCCAGUUUAUUCAGAUUGA